AUGUCAUCAGGCUUCGUUUCAUCCGGGACAAACGAGCAGCCGAUCGAGCGGGACGAUGAGUGGCUCAGAGCGCAGCAGGAGCUCGAGGAAGAGCGGAGACGAAAGGCCGAGAUAGGGAAGCAGGAUGACGGCAAAAGUCUCUUUGAGGUGCUGGAGCGCAAUAAAAUGGCCAAACAAGAAGCCUUUGAAGAGAAAUCCCGUCUCAAAAACCAAUUUCGAUCCCUCGAUGAAGACGAAGUCGACUUCCUAGAUUCAGUUCUCGAGUCAACACGCGCCAAGGAGGCUGCUGUAAAGAGGGAGACGGCAGAACAACUUGAAGCCUUCCGUCGACAGCGCGAGGAGGCCCAGAAAGCUCUACUUCAAUCAACCUCCUCCGACGCGACACCCGUGCAAGGAGAAGAAUGGACUACUCUGGCUCGCAAGAGACGGCAUGAUAAACAUAGGCACUCAUUGAUUCCAGGAAAGAAGCGCAAAGCUUCAGUCGCCGAGAACGCCGCUGGGAAGGACACACAAAAUGGGAAAGACUCGCAGAAACAGGCAGGAGCUGACGGUUCAAGUACCAAGAAGCUGGAUCAAGGGACUUCCAAGUCCGGUCAACCUACACCCGCUACUUCUGCCACAGCAUCUGAAACUACAAAUCCUGCCACAAAGUCCAAGGUGGUAACAGAUACAGAGAAGGGGCAAGAGGAUACAGCUCGGACUCGGAAUGAUGGGCCAACCUCUAUGGGACCUCGCAAGUUCGCUACCACAAAUAUCUAUGUUAGCGCUGGGGGUUUGGACAACCCCGGACAAGCCGACGACGUCCGCACUGUUGACAUUCUCAAGUGA